GGAGCAAAACAUGCUGUUUUCAUUUGACCAUUUCUCUGUCUGAUUCAAGACAGAUUUGGUGGAUUUUGUAUGUUUGUUUGUUUUGUUUCUUGUUAGUUUUUCCUAAUUAAUUUGCGGUUUCUCCGCUCACAUCGAUUUAAAGAUAAGGAUGCAAUCACUCGGACUCACUGGGCGAAUCAGCUGAGAUGGAUUCACCAGCAAAUCCUGGACUUGUAAACAAAGAAAGUAUGAGCUCACGUGAAUAUCUGAGGAUCCACACAUUUGACCAGAGAGUUGUCACCAGAGUCAGCGUUGGUACGCAGACUGACUGGAGAGACGAGGAAGACGGCAGUCGAGACUGUAAAUACACAAAGCAAGAAACAUCACAAGCUCCUCGCAAGAAUUUCGAGUUGACAUCUGAGCAGAGCGUUUCUAAAUACAUGAAGUCUGAGUUGGAGAUAUCCCCAGAUAAUGAAGUGUUGGAUUCGCUCAGCGAGGAAACUCCCCAAACUCCUGCAGCCUGCCAAGUAGAAACAGAAGAGUCUUUAACGAAUCUGGACAAGAUCCCAGCCUCAAGUGGAUUAGACUCAUCAGAGGAGCCGCCGCAGACUGUGCCGAAUAUUUGCUGCCAGCACUGCCAACAGCUCAAAAAAGCCCCAGUGGCCAGUGAUCAGAUAGCCAAGAGUGUUGACCCAGAAGAGCUUUUCUGCUGUGAGGAAGCACUGAAGGCAGCAGUGAUGCUGAAAGGCGCGGCGGUUAUCGCAGAAGAAACCGUGACUGAUAGAGACCCGGUGAGGCAGAAAGAUCAAAGGCUGAAAGGUUUGGAAUCUGAAAGGAGUUCAGACCGUAAGACGCCUAAAGCAGGUGCAGAACACAAAAAACAAGUAUCUGUCAUCGUACACAAAGGACCCCGAGAUGACGCUUGGACUCCUUCACUCCCUGAAAUAGACAUCAUGGAUUCUGAAAACACUUUCUCUUUAAAUGGAAAAGGUCGUGGACAGAAGAGGACGACGCCGCUCGUCAAACGAUACAACAACGGUCAAACAUUUAUUGUGAUUUUUCCAGAUGGUACCGGGCAGGUGUGCUAUCCAUCAGGAAGGCUUGCAAUUCUCGUGUCUGCUGUGCAAUCAGCUGACUGGUCUUGCGUGUUGGUUCUCGAAGACAAACAUCUGCUGCCUCACAUUCAGGCAGUUUUCACCAGCAGAGGACGGGGUACCUGUUAUCACAACAACGGCUCAGCCUGGGUGAAUCUGACUCCGUGGGGAGGCACCUACUGCAGCGACACAGGAGAUUUGAAGAAACAGUGGAGCUGGCUGGACAAUAAGCAUCAUGUUCACGCUCCGCCUUGCCAGCCCCUCUGCCUGACACUGAGCACCAACCUCAGCAUCCGCAUCCAAUCCCAAGAGAACAUCUGCAUCACUUUCACCUCUGGCAAACAGAGUGUACAGCUUGACGUAGGAGCCAAACUGAGACCGAAUCAAGGCAAAGGUCUAACGCUGCCAGGGCCUGACAUGCAUCAGAGACAUCUGCAGCAGAAGAGUGCAGAGAUCAAUGUCCUACUCCAGAACAUCCAGUCCCUCAUCACCUAUCAAAAGACUGUCAGUCCGAGGAAGGUCAAGUCCCGGCAAAGCCUCAUCUCACAGAUGGAAAGACGGCGGCUGCCAAUGAAGCAGCAACAGCCUGCCAAGAAGACCCCCUAAAGCUGACGAUGUCCUUGAAUGGCAGUUUCUCAUUUGUGUGAAGUGAAGUGACUUGUUCUGUAGCGCUCCGAGAAUUUGAAUUCAACAACAAAGUGCUUUUGAGGGAAAAAACAAAAGCAAAGAACAUUACUAACUUUUUGGGGUUUUUUUAAUCAGAAUGUUCAUAAAUAGUUUAACUGUACACAUCAUUUUAUACAGGAGAUACACCAAAGCAAAUGUUACUUUUUGUUACUCUGCGAGGAGCACUAGGAAACACACCCAUAAAUCAUACAGUGCAAAACUGCCAAGGUCAAAUGGUCCAAAAAGGUAAAAGUAUUAGUUUUGAUCAACCUAUUUAUAAAAGGAAAAAAGUAUAAAACAUAAGAUUUCUUUACAUAUUUGCAGCAGAAUAGCAUCUUCUCUUUUCUUUAAGAAAACAUCAGGAGAGGUACUUGAGCAUCCCGUAGUACAUCAGCCCAGCGUAGAGUUCUACUCAAUGUUACAUUUUGCAGCAUUUUUCUUUGUCUUGCUAUCCUUCCAGACCCGUCGAGGGAGUCUGGGGCAUCUGAAUUCAAGCCUCCUUACUGGCCAUUAGCUACCUGGCUGAAGAACAACCCUUUAGUGCCUCUAUUUGCACACACAAAGUGUCCUUGUCUGAACACUUAAUAUAUUUCACUCCCUUCCACCCCCCACCCACCCAUCGUCCACCCUCACGGUCACACUGUGUGCAAAUUGUUUUGAUUCAAACCAGUUUGGUGUUUUAAAAAAAAAA